AUGGCAAUCUCUUUCCACGUUCGGUCUAUCAGUUUCCCCUCUAGAUCUCACCCACAAGCUGCUCAUGUUAAUGAGCAGUUGGCCCGUUUGAGAUCUUCUGAGGAAGCCUCAACAUCUUCUAUAUGUCACAGACUUGACAACAUUCAAGAGCUACAUGAGUCUAUUAACAAGCUUAUCUGCCUACCAGUCACACAACAGGCUCUAUCUCAGGAGCAAAACAAGAAAGCUGUCGAGCAGCUUCUUGAUGGAUCUCUCAGGAUCCUGGAUUUGUGCAACAUUUCAAAGGAUGGUAUGUCACAGGUGAAAGAGAGUCUCAUGGAGAUCCAAGCCAUUCUAAGAAGAAAGCGCGGUGAUCUUGCUGGAGAGGUGAAGAAAUACUUAGCCUCAAGAAAAGCUGUCAAAAAGACAUUACAGAAAGUACAGAAGACUCUAAAGGUUGUACACGCUGAAGACACUAACGACGAAUCUUUAGCUGUCUUUGGAGAAGCAGAAGCGAUUACAAUGGCUCUGUUUGAUUCUCUUUUUAGCUACAUAUCUGGAUCAAAUACUUGUGGCAAAUGGUCAGUCGUCUCAAAGCUAAUGAUGAACAGGAAGAAAGUUACAUGUGAAGUUCAAGCAAACGAAUUCACAAGGGUUGACUCCGCAUUCCAAUCUGAAAAGACGUUGAAGAUGGAGGACGUUCAGAUUCUUGAGUCAUCCAUUCAAGAUCUUGAAGAUGGACUUGAAUCACUAUCUAAGUCCUUGAUUAAAUAUAGAGUCUCAAUUCUUAAUACCUUAGGCCAUUAA